UGGAUACCCACCAUGCACAACAGCACUGCUGGAACUCUGCACACGGCUGCGACGUGUAACGAGACUUGGCCCACUCAGCCGCUGAGCUCCGAGUUCUCACUGGGUGUGUUGGUGUUGCUGGCUUUCCUCAUGGUGCUGCUGUGUGUGGUGACCAUCCUUGGAAACAUCCUGGUGAUCCUUGCUUUUGUUAUGGACAGAAAGCUGAGGCAUCGGAGUAACUAUUUCUUUCUGAAUCUUGCUGUUUCUGACUUUGCAGUGGGUGUGUUCUGUAUGCCGUUGUACAUCCCUUAUGCCCUGACGGGGACAUGGCACUUGGGAAGAAGCCUGUGCAAGCUCUGGCUGGUCGUGGACUAUCUCGUGUGCACAGCUUCAGUGUUUAACAUCGUCCUCAUCAGCUAUGACCGUUUCCUGUCAGUUACAAAAGCUGUAUCCUACAGAGCCCAGCAGGGAAUAAUGUCCAGCCCUGCCAUCCAGAUGGUGGCCAUCUGGGUCUUUGCCUUCCUCCUGUACUGCCCAGCCAUCCUGUUUUGGGAGCACCUGGCUGGACACAGCGUGGUAGCAGCGGAUCAGUGCUACGCUGAGUUCUUCAACAACUGGUACUUCCUCCUGUGUGCAUCCACCCUGGAGUUCUUUGUGCCGCUGCUCUUGGUGAGCUACUUCAACAUGCGCAUCUUCCAGAACAUCCAGAGGCGCCAGCGGCGUGGCAGCGUGCAGGACUGUGAGCCUGCAAGGAGCAGCAGCCUGUUCUGGAGGUUUUGUGGCUUGCCAAGGCCAGGGGCAUCAUCUCCUUCGUCAGAAGCAGAGGACAGUGUUUCUUCACUAACGAGGUCAUGGAGACCAACAGUGGUGGCUAAUGCUCCAUCUCAAACAGAAACCAGUUCUAUGGCUCUCAAAAGGAACUUUUCCACUUCUUUUUGUUCAAGGACGGGAUCAAAACUGCAGAGGGACAAGAAAGCAGCAAAGUCUCUUGCCAUAAUUGUCUGUGUGUUUGCCAUUUGCUGGGCCCCAUACUCUUUAUUAAUGAUUAUUCGUGGGGCCUGCCAGGGAAAGUGCAUCCAUAACUUCCUGUAUGAAGCAACCUUUUGGCUUUUGUGGAUCAAUUCUUCUUUGAACCCAUUUCUUUACCCUCUCUGUCACAUGAGGUUUCGAAUGGCUUUUCUGAAGAUAUUAUGUCCCAAAAAGUUCGCAACAUUGAGAUCUGUUAAUACGCCUUCUUUUUAGAGAGGUAGAAGUGUCUUGCAGAUAAGGUUCCUCUGUUAUUUAGUGAUACCUUUUCAUAUGUAUCAUUGGCAUAAAUAGAGGAAGAAACUAUUUGUUUACUAAUGACAUUG